AGAUAUACUAUGAGCCAACUAUCGCUUUUCUUCGUGCUUGCCCUCCUGUGCGUCUCCGCUAUUUGCAGACCGCAAUACAAAGAUCAAGAUUUCGACUACCGUAUGUUCGAAGACGACACCGCCGGUGUGGUCAUCGACAGAGUGAUGGAACCCCGGCACAAGCAUGCCUCGCACCACCAUCAUCACCACAACCACCACCGAGGCGACAAGACUUACCUGAAAACGAAUCGAAUCCAAAAUGUGAAGAAAUUCCUCGAAAACUUCCGACUCUGAAAGGCGAACACCAUCACCACCACUAUCACCACCAGCACCGCCAUCAUCACCAGAAAAAAGAGAAUGUUCUGGAGCCGAGACAGGGUGACCCCGCGACCCAAUCAAGGUCGUCCCCGUGUCGCCGUUGCACCAGUUCCCUUCUUUCCCUCGUCUCAUCACGUCUGGCAUACUGCCAGCAAUCCACGAGAGUUUCUCAUGAUAUUUUAUGAUCCCGAUGCCUGAACACGUCUAGAACCCCAGUGUUUAAAUACUGUUUCGUCAGAGAGUAACGAUUCGUGGUUUCGAUCUAGGAAGUCUUUCUUGCCCGUAGUGCAAUUUACCAGAUCUCUAACGUGCCUUUUUAGAUUGUCUUAGGGCUAGUUACGGUCUUGUUUAUGUGGCACACGUGCGAGGAUAUAAUAUUUAGGUGUGGAUUGAAACAUAUCCGUAUUAUUGUCUGUUUGUUGCGCUUUACUUGUACUUCGUGAUAGUUGUAGAUUGUGUGAAAAUGUGUACCUGAAUUCCAAACUGGACCCCGUUGUCGAAAACCGUUGAUCCAACGGUACUCUUGUCAUCUCCACUCUUUCACCAUGUUCUGCUCACUAUAACGUCAUUGAUCUCAUGUGAUUUACAAGAACUUCAAAUUUUCCCUAUGUAUUUUUGAAUAAAAAGGAUAAACAUAUUUGAAGAAA